GCGGCUCUGACGUCACGAGGGCCGUGGCCGGCGGGGCGGAGGUUGGUGCGAGGGCAGCAGCUGCCGCCGCGGUGAGGCGGAGGAGGGGGAGGAUGAUGGUGAACGCGGACCUGCGGAGGGAACGUGCCAACGCCACCUUUCAGCCCGAGCUGCUCACCCACAUCCUGGACGGCGGCGCUGAGCGCACCCGGCGCCGCAAGGAGAUCGAGGCCUUAGUUAUUAAUGACCCAGACUUCCAGCAUGAGGAUUUGAACUUCCUGUCCCGUAGCCAGCGCUAUGAACAAGCCAUCAGAAAGAGCUCUCUGAUGGUGAUGAAAUUACGAGAGUAUGGAAUUGCAGAUCCAGAGGAGAUUUACUGGUUUAAGAGCUUUGUACAUCGUGGACGGCCUGAACCUCUGGACCUUCAUCUGGGCAUGUUCCUUCCCACCCUUCUCACCCAGGCAACCCCAGAGCAGCAGGAUCGCUUCUUCAUGCCUGCCUGGAACCUGGAGAUCAUUGGCACUUAUGCCCAAACUGAAAUGGGCCAUGGAACUCAUCUUCGGGGUCUAGAAACUACAGCUACUUAUGACCCUGCAACCCAGGAAUUCAUCCUCAACAGCCCCACUGUGACCUCCAUUAAGUGGUGGCCAGGUGGACUUGGAAAGACAUCAAACCACGCCAUCGUUCUGGCUCAGCUCUACACUCAGGGCCAGUGCAAAGGGCUGCAUGCCUUCAUCGUUCCCAUACGGCAGCUGGGCACCCAUGAACCUUUGCCAGGUAUUACAGUUGGUGACAUUGGGCCAAAAUUUGGUUAUGAUGAGAUGGAUAAUGGCUACCUGAAAAUGGACAACUUCAGAAUUCCUCGGGAAAACAUGCUGAUGAAGUAUGCCCAGGUUGAACCAGAUGGCACCUAUGUGAAACCAGUGAGUGACAAGCUGACCUACGGGACCAUGGUGUUCAUCCGAUCUCUCAUCGUAGGGGACUCAGCUCGCUCCCUGUCCCGGGCUUGUACCAUUGCCAUCCGUUACAGUGCAGUGAGGCACCAGUCUGAGCUGAAGCCAGGGGAACCAGAACCUCAGAUCUUGGAUUAUCAGACCCAACAGUACAAACUCUUUCCUCUCCUGGCAACAGCAUACGCCUUUCAUUUUGUGGGAGCCUACAUAAAAGACACCUAUCGUCGUAUUAGUGGAGACAUCAGUGAAGGAGAUCUGAGUGAGCUGCCAGAGCUGCAUGCACUGACAGCAGGGCUGAAGGCGUUCACUUCCUCAACUGCCAAUGCUGGGAUCGAGGAGUGUCGGAUGGCGUGUGGUGGGCACGGCUACUCUCGCUGCAGUGGCAUUCCUGACAUCUAUGUCACCUUCACCCCAUCCUGCACCUAUGAGGGAGAAAACACAGUCAUGAUGCUGCAGACAGCUAGGUUCCUUGUCAAAAGCUACACCCAGGUUAGCUCUGGGCAGCGGGUUACUGGCAUGGUGUCCUACCUUAAUGAUCUCUCCAGGCAACGCAUUCAGCCACAGCACGUGGCUGCUAAGAGCGUGACUGUGCGGCUCAAUGAUCCCGUCAGCUUGGUAGAGGCCUACAAAGCACGUGCUGCCCGGCUUGUAGACGCUGCAGCAAAGAACUUACAAGCUGAACUGAACCACAGAAAGAGCAAGGAAGAUGCCUGGAACAGAACCUCUGUUGAUCUUGUUCGAGCAUCUGAGGCACACUGUCACUACGUGAUAGUGAAGCUUUUCACCGCCAAGCUGGCUGAGAUCAGUAAUGCGGCUGUCCGUGCUGUCCUGACUGACCUAUGCCUCCUGUAUGCACUGUAUGGCAUCAGUAAGAGCACAGGGGAUUUCUUGCAGGGGGGUAUUCUGACUGAUGCCCAAGUUACUCAAGUGAACCAGCACGUGAAAGAGCUCUUGGCCGUAAUCCGCCCCAACGCAGUCGCGCUGGUGGACGCCUUUGACUUCCACGACGUUCAUCUUGGAUCUGUGCUUGGCCGCUACGACGGCAACGUCUAUGAGAACAUGUUUGAGUGGGCAAAGAAAUCCCCACUGAACAAAACAGAGGUUCAUGCAUCUUUCCACAAACACCUGAAGCCAAUGCAAGCCAAGCUGUGAAGCCUGAUGGUUCUUUUUCAAAAUGCACACUUUUCCUGGCCUGAAAACUGGGUGUUUGCAUCCUUUCUUCAGGCACCUAAAUCAAACCUUUCAAAUCCUGGUAGCUGUAGGACAGUGAAUAAUUGUAGCCUUCCUUUACACUUUUAUAAAUUGAGGAGGUGUUUGGAGAAAGUGCAUAGGGAUUGAUGCCUGGUUUUAAAGUGCAAUUAUAAUGGUAACAUUAACCUUUUAAAAAUCUGGAAGAGCUUUAUGGAUUCAUACAAGGAUUGCUUUUGUGAAGCUGCUAACUAGAGAGAAGUUACUGUUAACUGGAAAAGGUAGCAGGAUUGUACUACUAAGUAGUUAACAGCACUCAGGCAAUAGCUUCUAAUAAGCUUCUAAUAAGUUAUCUGUUCCCCCUAGAAAGCGUCAAUGUCUUGAUCUUUGUCUUUAUUUUUUAAGAUUAGCAGCAUCUCUCCUUGUUUGGCAAAUAUUUAAAGCCUCCUGCAUGGUUCUGCACACAUGAAUCUGCACGUGGCACUACUUCCUGAUGUGGUUGAGAAGUGAAUACCCAUCCUUCUCUGGACCUCUGCUUCAUUCAUCUUUCCAGAAGACAUCUCCAUGUUUUCCAUGACAUUCUUCUUUCACUGCCCUGCAGAAACUCCUGUCACCUCUGUGCCAUCAUCAACACUGGCACCUUACUCUGUUCAUAGGAAGUCAAAGGAGAGUGUAGUGAUGCUGUUCUGAGAGGGAAAAAACAAGUAGUAAAAAAUCAGCAAGGUGCUGAUAAGAGAUAUUCUGCCCUUCUUUUAACUGUUUCUAUUUUUGUAGCACUAUCUCAAAGCACUUUACAAAUAUUAAUUGAUUUGAUGUGCAAACCCUUGUGUAGGGGUAGAAACUGCAAAUUUUGACCUGGAAUGAUGAAGCUGGUAUUGGAGGGUAGAAAUCAGUUGACCAAAAUCCUUGGGUCUUCACAUUGUUCUGGGAUGUUCUUCUGGUUUUUAAAGAAAAUGACAAUCCCAAGUGAAGUGUCCAGAUACCUUUUUUCCCCUGUCUGUACAUUUCCAAGGAGCUUUCCCCUUGGUUUUAUGUUGACUUGGAACUUGCACAGUGCUGUCUGGAUUUAACAGGUGAAAGAUUUAGCAGUGCAACUACAACUAAGCAAAGUCAUUGUUGUUUUUCAGUAUCAAUAACUGUCCACUAACAGUAAAACCUCUCCUCACAACAGAUAAAAGCAACUUUGGGUGUAAAAUGGUAAAAAGUUUCAGCACAAACCCAAAUCCUGCAGUUCUGAGGCAGCAUCUGAGAAGCUGAUUCUUUUGACAGCUUUGGUAUCUGUUAGUCUCUAAUCUUGAAUCAUUUUUCAUGGAUGAGUUUUUCCUGGCACUAACAACGAUCAGACACAACGUUUGGCUCCACAUGCAGUAUCUGAACAGAAAGAGAUGUUUAAUUUGAAAUAAAAGAAUCAAACUUGCCUUUUGGCUGCUGAGUCUUUCAGGUGGAAUUGAACCACUCCUCUUCAGGCUUUGCCUUCCCUUUAUUCAGUAGAGCAGACUGCUGACCUGGGGAGGGAUAAUGGAGGAGCAGGUUAAAAGUGUGCCAAUAAGAACAAUACUAGCUAACUUCUUUGGUGCUGAGGUGAGGGAGCCCUGGCCCAGGCUGCCCAGGGAGGGUGUGGAGGCUCCUUCUCAGGAGGUUUCCAACCCCACCUGGACAUGUUCCCGUGCCCCCUGAUGGAGGGGAACCUGCUUGAGCAGGUGCUUGGGCUGGAUGAGCUCUGCGGGGCCCUUCCAACCCCCACCAUUCUAAUUUCUAAUGUACAGAUUUAAUAAAUUAUCAAAUAUGUGUUUUCAGACAACAUAUCUGUCUUUCAUGCCUUGCCUUCAGUGAGCUCAUUCAAAGGAAUGGGUGCAGUAGAAUGAAGUAUUCAAAGAGCCUUAAAUUAGUUGGAUUUUAUCUUAUUUCUAGUCUGUUCUAGCUGUGCUCUGCAGCAUUCUAGGGCAGCCACCCCUAUCCAGCAGCUAUGCUCACCACUGCUGCCACUCAGGAAAAUAAAGCUAGCAGCAGGUAAAGCUGCAUGUGGCACACUGCUCGGUGUUCUUAUGGCUCAGGGGCCAGUAAAAGCUGAUCACUGCCAACAGCAAGACUUCAACACUAGUGUUUGGCAGCAGAAACUUUCAUUCAUAGAAGCUAGUUCUUUAAAAUUGUUUCCCCCUGGUUCUUUUGCAGUAGAUGUGAUGGCAAAUGCUGUGCAUCCUUGCUGUUGGUGAGUGUAUUGGACACUCAUUUUUCAUCUUGCUGUUGUUGGUGAUAAUACCUCACCUGUGUGAAUGCCACAGCCUCAUAGGACUUGAUGUGUUUUGUGGUCAUUAAACUGUUUAAACUCUGCCAAA